UGAUGCAUGGUGCUUCCACUUGCUCGCAUUUUCGCGGGACGCGCGGAUUUCGUGGCGCGUCAUACCCAGAACCCCCAGAAUCCCAGAAUCCUCCUCCUCCUCCUCCGUAGCCAUUUUGGCUCAAGGCCAUUCUGGCUCAAGCCAUGUUGGCUCAAGACCAUAUUGGGGUCAAGACUGGAUUGGGCUCACGUCCAUGUUGGGCUUAACCAGCUGCGGUGCCAUGUCUUUCUGGAUGUACCUUCUAGGAUGUUGGACAUCGGUCGAGGGUCUCGAGAAGGCGCUAUUUCCGUCGAAGCGUCGAUCAAAAGCUGCGGUCGAACAAAACAAUGGAACGCAGCAUUGUGGUUGCUCCGCGAAGGAAUUCGAUCAGGCGCACAAGCCGUUCCAAGCCAGUAUGUUGCAACUAUCAGCGCAUGCGGAAAAGGCAGGCAAUGGCAACACGCGCUGUCAGUGCUCAGUGAGAUGUGGGAGGCCAUGCUGGAGCCCAGCGUCAUCUUCAGCUACAGCGUUGGCAUCAGCGCGUGCGAGAAGGGCGAGCAGUGGCAGCGGGCGUUGGCGCUGCUGAGCGAGACGUGGGAGACGAAGUUGGAGCCCGACUCAGCUACAACGCUGGGAUCAGCGCUUGCGAGAAAGGUCAGCAGUGGCAGCAGGCUCUGGCGCUGCUUCGCCAGAUGGUCGAGACGAAACUGGAGCCCACUGUCAUCAGCUACAGUGCCGGGAUCAGCGCUUGCGAGAAAGGUCAGCAGUGGCAGCAGGCUCUGGGGCUGCUCAGCAAGAUGGUCGAGACGAAAGUGGAGCCCACUGUCAUCAGCUACAGUGCCGGGAUCAGCGCGUGCGAGAAAGGUCAGCAGUGGCAGCAGGCUUUGGCGCUGCUCAGCCAGAUGGUCGAGACGAAACUGGAGCCCAACUCAGUUACAAUGCUGGGAUCAGCGCGUGCGGGAAGGGCGAGCAGUGGCAGCGGGCGCUGGCGCUGCUCAUGCAGAUGCGGGAGGCGAAGCUGGAGCCCGACGCCAUCAGCUACAGCGCCGGGAUCAGCGCGUGCGAUAAGGGCGAACAUUGGCAACGGGCGCUGGCAGUAUUCAGAGAGAUGCUGGAGGCGGAGCUGGAGCCCAACGUCUCAGCUACAAUGCUGGGAUCAGCGCGUGCGAGAAGGGCGAGCAGUGGCAGCGGGCGCUGGCGCUGCUGAGCGAGAUGAAGGAGGCGGCGCUGGAGCCCAACGUCAUCUGUACUACAAUUCCGGGCGAAACGCGCGCGAGAAGUACAAGCAGUGGCAGCGCCCCAGGCCUCCCAGAGAGCUCGCGGGCCGCCCGGAGAGCCUCCGGGCCUCAGCUAUAAUGCUGGGAUCAGCGCGUGCGAGAAGGGCGAGCAGUGGCAGCGGGCGCUGGCGAUGUUGAGCGAGAUGUGGGAAGUGAUGCUAGAGCCCAACGUCAUCAGCUACAGCGCUGGGAUCAGCGCGUCCGCGAGGGGCAAGCAGUGGCAGCGGGCGCUGGCGUUGCUGAGGGAGAUGCGGGAGGCGAAGUUGCAGCCCAACGUCAUGAGCUACGGCGCUGGGAUCAGUGCGUGCGAGAUUGACGUGCAGUGGCAGCGGGCACUGGCGCUGCUCUGCGAGAUGCGGGAGGCGCUGGAGCCUGACGUCGUCAGCUACAGCGCGGGGAUCAGUGCGUGCGGGAAGGGUGAGCAGUGGCAGCAGGCACUUGCACUGCUCAGCGGGAUGUGCGAGGUGAAGCUGGAGCCCAACGUCAUCAGCUACUGCGCUGGGAUCAGCGCGUGCGAGAGAGGCGGGGAGUGGCAGCGGGCUCUGGCGCUCCUGACGGAGGCGCGGGAGGCGAAGCUCGAGCCUGACGUCGUCAGCUACACCGUUGCGAUCAGCGCGUGCGAGAUAGCCAACUGUGUUGGCCCGGGGGGCUGGCUCCUCGCUGGGUAGAGGCGCGAUCUCUGUGUCGACGGCAGCAUGGGCGUUCUCUGCAAGCAA